AUGGCGCGCGCGCCGCGGUGCCGGGCGGUGCGCAACCUGCUGCGCGCGCGCUACCGCGAGGUGCUGCGCCUGGCGGCCUUCGCGCGGCGCCUGGGGCCCGAGGGCCGGCGGCUCGUGCGGCGCGGGGACCCCGCGGCCUUCCGCGCGCUGGUGGCCGGCUGCCUGGUGUGCGUGCCCUGGGGCGCCCCGCCGCCGCCCGCGCGCCCCGCCUUCCGCCAGCUGUCCGGCCUCAAGGAGCUGCUGGCGCGCGUCCUGCAGGGCCUCUGCGAGCGCGGCGCGAGGAACGUGCUGGCCUUCGGCUUCGCGCUGCUGGACGAGGCGCGCGGCGGGCCGCCCCUGGCCUUCUCCGCCAGCCUGGCCAGCCGCCUGCCCAACACCGUGGCCGGCUCCCUGCGCGGCAGCGGCGCGUGGGCGCUGCUGCUGCGCCGCGUGGGCGACGACGUGCUCACCCACCUGCUGGCGCGCUGCGCGCUCUUCGUGCUCGUGGCCCCGCGCUGCGCCUACCAGGUGUGCGGGCCGCCGCUCUACGGGCCCUGCGCCCCGCCGCCCGGCCCGGGCCCCCGGCGCCCCUCGCAGGACGGCGCGCGGCCCGGGCCCCGGCGAGGCCAGGGAGGGGGGCCCAGCCCGGGCCCGCCGCGGGGGCCGAGGGGCCGCGGCUCCCGCCAGCGCGACCCGCGGCCCCCGCGCGCCCCCGAGACCCAGCGCUUCCUCUACAGCCCGGGCGGCCGCGAGGGCCCGGGCGCCGCGUUCCUGCUCAGCGCCCUGCGGCCCAGCCUGGCGGGGGCCGGCGCGCUGGUCGGGGCCAUCUUCCUGGGCCGCCCGCCCCGGCCCGGGCGCCGCCUGCCCCCGCGCUACCGGCGCCUGCGGCCCCUGUUCCGCGAGCUGCUGGCGAACCACGCGCGCUGCCCCUACCGCGCGCUCCUCAGGACGCACUGCCCGCUGCGCCCGCGCCCGCCCGCCCGGCCCGCCCGGCCCGCCGGCCCCGAGCGCCUGGUCCAGCUGCUCCGCCAGCACAGCAGCCCCUGGCAGGUGUACACGCUGCUGCGCGCCUGCCUGCGCCGCCUGGUGCCCGCCGGCCUCUGGGGCUCCAGGCACAACCAGCGCCGCUUCCUGAGGAACGUGAAGAAGCUCCUGUCCCUGGGGAAGCACGGGCGGCUCUCGCUCCCGGAGCUCAUGUGGAAGAUGAGGGUGCGCCACUGCGCCUGGCUGGCGGCGCGUGCAGGGGUGCGCUGCGUGCCGGCUGCGGAGCACCGCCGGCGGGAGGCCGUCCUGGCCGCGUUCCUGUGCUGGCUGAUGGACGGCUACGUGGCGGGGCUGCUCAGAAGCUUCUUCUACGUCACAGAGACCACGUUCCAGAAGAACAGGCUUUUCUUCUACCGCAAGCGCGUGUGGAGCCAGCUGCAGGCCAUCGGUGUCCGGCAGCACCUGGAGAGGGUGCAGCUGCGGGAGCUGACCCAGGCUGAGCGGAGUCAGGAGGCCAGGCCCGCCCUGCCGCCGGCCAGACUGCGCUUCGUGCCCAAGCCCAGCGGGCUGCGGCCCAUCGUCAACAUGGACAGCGCGCUGGGGGCCAGGACCCUACGCGCAGAACGGAAGGCCCAGCAUCUGGCCUCGCAGGUCAGGACGCUGUUUGGGGUGCUGAACUACGAGCGAGCCCGGCGCCCCGGCCUCCUGGGCGCCUCCGUGCUGGGCCUGGACGACAUCCACAGGGCCUGGCGCGCCUUCGUGCUGCGCGUGCGGGCCCAGCAGCCUGCGCCCCAGCUCUGGUUCGUCAAGGUGGACGUGAUGGGGGCCUUCGACGCCCUCCCCCAGGACAAGCUGGUGCAGGUGGUGGCCCGCGCCAUCCGGCCGCAGGAGAGCACCUACUGCGUGCGCCGCUACGCCACCCUCAGGAGCGCCGGCGGCGGGCGUGUGCACAGGGCCUUCGGGUGCCACGUGUCCACCCUGGAGGACCUGCAGCCGUCCAUGCGGGCGUUCGUGCGCCAUCUGCAGGAGACCCGCGCGCUGCGGGACGCCGUGGUCGUGGAGCAGAGCUUCUCCCUGAACGAGACCGGCCUCCACCUCUUCGACAUCUUCCUGCACUUCCUCCGCAGCCACGUCCUCAGGAUCGGGCACAAGUCCUACGUCCAGCGCCAGGGCAUCCCCCAGGGCUCCAUGCUGUCCACCCUGCUCUGCAACUUGUGCUACGGGGACAUGGAGGCCAAGCUGUUCCCCGGGCUCCAGCAGGACGGGCUGCUCCUGCGUCUGGUGGACGACUUCCUGCUGGUGACGCCGUACCUGACGCGCGCGAAAGCCUUCCUCAGGACCCUGGUCCGAGGGGUGCCCGAGUACGGCUGCGUGGCGAACUUGCAGAAGACAGUGGUGAACUUCCCCGUGGGAGCUGGGGAGCUGGGGGCCGCGGCCCCCCUCCAGCUGCCGGCCCACUGCCUGUUUCCGUGGUGCGGCUUGCUGCUGGACACGCGGACCCUGGAGGUGCGCUGCGACUACAGCAGCUACGCGCAGACCUCCAUCAGGGCCAGCCUGUCCUUCUGCCAGGGCUCCCGGCCCGGCUGGCACCUGCGCCGCAAGCUCCUGGCCAUCUUGGCGCUCAAGUGCCACGGUCUGUUCCUGGACCUGCAGGUGAACAGCCAGCAGACGGUGCUCGCCAGCGUGUACAAGAUCUUCCUGCUGCAGGCCUACAGGUUCCACGCGUGCGUGCUGCAGCUCCCGUUCGCCCAGCGCGUGGGGAGUAACCGCGCCUUCUUCCUGCGGGUCAUCGCGGACAUCGCGUCGCGCUGCUGUGCCCACCUGCGGGCCAAGAAUGCAGGGGUGUCCCUGGGGCCGGAGGGCGCCUCCUGCCCCUUCCCCGCCAAGGCUGUGCGGUGGCUCUGCUUCCACGCCUUCCUGCGCAAGCUGGGUCAGCACAGAGUGACCUACAGGCGCCUCCUGGGGCCCCUCCGCACCGCCAAAGCACAGCUGUGCCGGCAGCUCUCUGCAGCAGCACUGGCCUCCCUGGAGGCUGCAGCCGACCCAGCCCUGACAGCAGACUUCAGCACCAUCUUAGACUGACCGCUGCCCCCACCCGGCAGCCCAGUCCCUGCCCACCCCAGCUGCUGCCCCCUGGGCCUAGCCCUCUCCCCUGCGGCCCUGGGGCAGAGGGUGGGCAGCUCUGGGGAGGGGACACCCCCAGGGGGGCAGGCCACCUGCCGUGACCCUCCAGUACCCAGUCCGUCCUGCAGCGAGGCCCUGGCUGGGGCAUCGGGUGGCUCAUGGGCGUGUUGGGGACUUUGUCACCCCGGCACCAUGCGGACACGGUCCCCGGGACGCAGGGUGGCACGUGCUUGCUCAGCAGAGGGUGCAGGCCCAUCCUGCUGACCUGUCCACAACCGCCAGGAGCCCCGCCCACCGCCCCGCUGCAUCCAAAGUCCAGCGCCCGCGCUCCAGAGCAAAGGGCCUUCAGCCGCGGGCCCUGCCCAGGGCAGCGGUGCUACUGGCGGAGGCUGCGCGUCGCGUGCCGGGCUCUGGGCGUCGCCUGACCACCGCGCGGCGGCCGGAGGCGCCUGGGCGCAUGGGUGACAGCUCCUCCACACCGGAGAGCCGCCCCCCGCCCCCGCCUGGGCAGGAGGGCCGCUGCUGGGGGGGCGAGGCCGGCUCCGCGCAGCUCUCCUGACCGUCUCCAGACCCGGGUGUCCUCGCGGGUCGGGGAGGGCGUGAGCAAGUGAAAUUUUAAAAAACAAAGCAAGGCUUGGUCUCUUCAGGGUCGGCCUGGCCGGCCUCGGGCGCGCACCCAGCUCCCACAGGCCUGAGCAGGCAUCGAGCAGCGAGGAAGCAGGGGUGCCGCGGGCAGUGUGAUGCCACCACCCCCACUGCACGGCAAAGGGUUCCCAAAGGUGCAGGUUCAGACCCCGGCGCCGCAGGGGGCAGAACAAGGGUCCAGUGUUUCACAUCCCAGUGCCAGAGCCUGCGGCCUUCCUUGCUCCCUGGGGGCACGCUGAGCCAGGUGGAGACGUCACGGGGCUCCUCCAGAGCGGGGGAGGAAGGCCGGGGGACCCUGCUGUGCAGGGGUGCAGAGUGUGGGCGUAGGCUCGGGGCU